AUCAAUUCUGGAAGAACAGCUGCUGCAUUUUCUUGCUCUUCUCUAGGUUAUUACAGAAUUCAUUCACAUGUCAAAAAUAGAGGGUUGAAGUGUGGUUCUGUGGGUGCAACUUUUGUAAGCGAAGCAAAGAGGAACCCUGAUUUCUCAUGGCAAAACAAGAAUAGGCUCUCCAGAAGCAGGAACAGGAGCAAUGAAGGGAGAGAUGGCUUUGAGAACUUUGAAGAAGAUAUGUUAUCAUCGAAAAAUGGACCAUUGGUAUCUCUUUCAACCUCCGGUAAAUACCAGGCUACUGCAGCCCCUGGACCUAGAGAGAAGGUUAUUGAUGAGCACUUUAGGAAGAUUGAGGCUGAGUUGCAUGAGAGGGCAGCUAUCAAAGAAGAAAAGAAGGUUGAAGCCUCCCGAGGACAAGGACAAGGUAAAGAGAACAGUGCUGUAGAUUCCCUCCUCAAACUAUUUAAGAAACAUUCAGUUGAGCAAGUAAAGAGAAGCAGUGGAGGAGGCAGAGGAAAAAAAAUUUGUUUGGACCAGCUGCAAGAAAGUAACCAAUUCAAUGGUGAACGAAGCACUAAAUUUUCUGAUUUGGGUAGUGCUCCAAAGGAUGAGUCCCUAGAAGCCAACAUCUCCUCUGUAGAUAGGCCUCGAUCAAAUUUCCAAAGGUGGUCUCCUGUUCCUCGUGCUAAGUACCAGCCUAUCUUUAAUAAUGAGGAUGACUCUGAACCUGAUCCUUUUGAGCUGUUGUUCCCAGAAAUUGCUGAAUCAAGAACAGAUAUGUGGAUUCCUAAAUUAUCAGAGGAUGAUUCUCAUGAUUCUGAACUAUCCUAUAAUGAUGAGAGUGUGGAGGAGCAGCUAGUGGUUCAACAUGAGGAUUUGAGUGCACUGAAGCUGCCUGAAUUGAGGGCACUUGCAAAGUCUCGUGGCUUAAAAGGGUUAUCAAAAAUGAAGAAGGGCGAACUCGGGGAGUUCCUAAGUGAGCUGAUUUUGAUCGAAUGA